AUGUCAAAACUUCUUCCGAUCUGGGAGAACUUGCCGAUUUAUUUCAAGCAAAAUUUGGUAGAUAAAUUGGAUUUCCGGUCAAGACAAAACCUCAGUGCAUGCUCAAAAUCAGAACGAGAUCUUGUGGAUUCAUGCCCUAUUUCCAUUCAUUCGUUGUACAUUGAACAAGAAGAUGAGGAAGGAUUUCAUCUGAAAAUCUCAUUCUCCAAAAAUGGAACUGUUCUCAAAUUCAACUGUAAUAAUCAUGACCGUGGUGUCUCUGCACUUUAUCGACUUUUGUCGCAUCGAAAAACAAAAAUUAUAUUCUUUGAUAUCUACUGUGAACCUGAAUUUUCAACCAGUUUGGACAGUUUUUUGUCGAAAUUUCUGGAAAAAAGAACUGCGGAAAGUUCCAAACUACACGUCCAACACUUUUCUUGGAACUCUGGAAUUCCAGCGGAAGAUACAAUUUUGAGAUUAUUGGAACAGUUGAAACCAAAUUUUUUAUACUGGAUAAGAUUAAAUUUUGUUGAUAUUUGGAGUGAAGAAGAGAAAUCCGAAGUGGUCAAAAAGAUAGUGGAGACGGAGCAGUGGAAGAGAGUUGGGAAGAUUCAUUUGUAUGAUUACAAGGUCGAUGCAUAUUUUAAGAAGUUCUUGCAUGUGGAUAGUCUCAAAAUAUGUGUGGAGAAGCUAACAGAAGCAAUGUUGUUAGAAGUUAUAGAAGUUACCCGAACAAGAGACCCUCCUCCUGGAUCUCAGUUCGUGAUCAGCGCCAGCGAAGAGAUCAAACUAGACACUCUAACAUCAGUUUUCACAGAUUUUCAUAAUGUCCAUAGAAGACUAAAAGAGUACCAAACGCCAAAAAUAGCGACUUUGCUAACAAACGAAUCCAGAUGUCUCGUUAUUAUAAUAUGGGAGAAAGCAAUCGAAGCAACGGUUUGUAGACGAGAAUUCUUGAAUGAGGAUUUCCUGAAGAAUCAUGGAGUUUGUGUCACUUUGGAUAUGAUUUGA